AUGUCAUCUUCUUCUUCAUCAGGUUCGACGGACACCAUGGAAGCCGUAAAUUUUUUUAUAAACAAGGUGGUAGAGGCGACACAAAUAAUUUUGGAAGAAGAAGAGGAGGAGGAGGUUUCGUCACAACUACGAAACAGGAACCCACACAUUGAGCGAGACCGAGAAAGUGCUAACCAAAGAUUAAUCGUUGAUUACUUUGCGGACGAGCCGCUGUACUCGGAGGCUAUUUUUAGACGCCGUUUCAGAAUGAGUCGUCGACUUUUCUGGAAGCUGUUGCGUCUCAAGACCUAUGGAUUUGGCAUGCUUUCUUUGGUGGUAGAGGCGACACAAAUAAUUUUGGAAGAAGAAGAGGAGGAGGAGGUUUCGUCACAACCACGAAACAGGAACCCACACAUCGAGCGAGACCGAGAAAGUGCUAACCAAAGAUUAAUCGUUGAUUACUUUGCGGACGAGCCGCUGUACUCGGAGGCUAUUUUUAGACGCCGUUUCAAAAUGAGUCGUCGACUUUUCUUACGUAUCGCCGACGAUUUAGCCGCUUAUCACCCGUUUUUUACCCAGCGACCCGAUGCUAGAGGCAAAAUGGGCUUCACCACCUUACAGAAAUGUACUGCGGCGAUUCGUCAACUUGCUUAUGGGACGACAGCCAAUUCUUGGGACGAAUACUUAAAGAUGUCCGAAAGACAAGCUAGAGAAUGUUUAUACAAGUUUUGCAAAUUUGUGGUGAAGCUCUACAGCCAAAAAUAUUUGCGAAAACCGAAUCACAAUGACGUUCAAAAUUUGUAUCAACACCACCAAGCAAGGCACGGUUUUCCAGGCAUGCUCGGGAGCAUUGAUUGCAUGCAUUGGUCAUGGCGGAAUUGUCCUACCGCUUGGCGAGGAAUGUAUACGCGAGGCGAUCAGGGACAUCCAACAAUAAUUCUAGAAGCUGUUGCGUCUCAAGACCUAUGGAUUUGGCAUGCUUUCUUUGGUAUUCCUGGUUCGAAUAACGAUAUCAAUGUUCUACAAAAUUCGGAUGUUUUUGACGAUGUUAUAAAAGGGGUCGGUCCUGAUACGAGUUUUACAGUUUCGGGCGUGGAGUACAGACGCGGGUAUUAUCUUGCCGAUGGAAUAUACCCACAAUACUCUACAAUAGUUAAAACGGUUAGGCAUCCUGCGGAUGAAAAAAGAAAGAAAUUUGCCAAGUUUCAAGAAGCGGCUAGAAAAGAUAUUGAACGGUGUUUUGGGGUUCUCCAACAAAGAUGGCAUAUUAUUGAAAACCCAGCACACGCUUUUACACCCAAAACAUUGCGAUACUGUAUGUAUGCUUGUAUUCUGCUGCAUAACAUGAUCCUCGAAGACGAAGGACAUGCAAUUUGUGAGUAUGACGAGAACGCGGUGGAGGAGAAUAAUGUUCCGGUUAGCGGAGAACAACAAGAUUUGAACAGGUUCUCGUUACAUAACGAUUUCACACAUGUCAAUCUUCAAUCGAACUUGAUCGAUCACAUUUGGAGUCUCGGAGAAAACAACACGUAG